CCCACCCCAGGCGGCACUAACCCUGGCUACUCCAUUGAUUUUUAGUCACGUUGAGUAGGCCUGCUCUUAAUUUGUUUUCAAUUUUUGGGGUUUUCAUUUUGCACAGCUUACGAUUACCAAUGUGCCAAUACCUCGAAUGAUUAAACAUUAAUAAUUGACACAAAUGAUCCUUCAAAAAUUCUUCCCUAAGCUCACACACGACAUUUUAUUAAUGUUACUUUCAUAGUAAAGCAAUAAUUCCUAAUUUAAAAUGACAAAAUGUUCACAUUUAAAUCAAUUUCGGAUUUUUGUCUGGUUGAACUCGUGUCUCGGUUGAUAGUGAGAUCUUGUUUUGUUCACUACUUACUACUUACUAUAAUAGAUAAUUAAUGUUUUUUUGAGUAUGAAACGUUCGUAUUACCAUUAAUAAUUUAGUUAAAAGCCAUGCCACUGCCUUCUGCUCUCCUUGCUCGUUUAGCUAAGCGUGGAAUAUUAGAAGCUAAAAAUGACUUAAAAAAUAAAGGAGGCUUGUCCAAGUCAGGUUAGUGAAGAAGAUAUUAUUUAACUUAAUCAUAAUCAGAUAAUUAAUCAUGACCAUGACUUGUGAAUGAUGGCGAUGGUCAACAAUCGUUGAUUUAGACAAAAACAUUACGGUUCAUUACCAAAUUACUCUGUGAAUAGGCCUAAUAUUGAAUAACUUAUUAGGCUAAGCAUAAUUACUAAUUACAUAAUCUUCAAUAAUCAUUUUUUUUUCAUUGACUUAAGUGUCUUAAGUGACCUUACAGCCUUAGACUUAGACUCCAGUAAUUUUCAGUAAUUAGUAAUUGAUUAUUGAAAUUGUCUUAAGUCUAGUAUUAGUAGUAUAGUAUAAUUUAAUUAUUAGGCUAUUAUUAGUAAUAAUUAAAAUAUUAUUAUUAAAAGGAUCAGAAAAUUCUAGAAUAAUAAUAUUUACCAAUACUACCAGGUAUGUCUAAUUUCUAACACUAACAGAUAUUAAAUAGGCCUUUUUGUUUGACUUGUUGAGAAAUCCUCCUCUCACAUCCACCAAAUUUAGAUUUAUUUUGAUUUUUUGGAAAAUGGGAUCAUAUUAUUAUAUUUUCAGAGGAAGUUGAAGAAGUUUUUGCAGAAGAUUAUGAUGAUCCGUCAAAGCCUGAGUCUACUGCCCCCAUACAGCAAGUUAUUCAACCACAACCAGCUGUGGGCUUACAGGUUCCUCAAGUUGCCAUUGAUGUAGUGGGUGAUGGGCCAAUUUUUUAUGAAACUACAGCAUGUCCAAAUAGGUAAAUAUACUGAUACUAGUUGAAAAUCUAUGCACCUUUGUCUCCCCCUAACUAGUAUAUUAUUUAAAUCACGAGAUGAUGCUAGGUGGUUUUUUUUGGCCAGUCCCUCAUUUUCAAGCACUAAUUCCUCCCUUAUCUCUUACUAAAUGAUUGAUGUUAAACAUCGACAUACACAAUUAUCAUCAUAAUGCAAUGCAUGAUUUUAAAUGUAUCAUUAGUUUUUAAAGUACGGUACCUUUAGUUUACUGUCACGAUUUAAUUGCAAAUACUCCACAUUGGUAAUACUUUCUUUGGUUUAUAAUUAGCCAUUGUAGUUGUAGGUAUUUCAUACAUUGGUGUCGGAAAGGGUGAGUGGAGGGGGAGGUACGCCAUGGGCAGCACUUUUUUCUUUAUAUUAUAUGGAGGGGUGAUGUUUUGGUCCCAUAGUUUUUUUCCAUGGAAGUGGUGGCAAAAAUUUGAUCCACAUUGGCUACGCCACUGAUUUCUUUGGCUCAGUUUGGGUUGGUAUCAAAGGGUGAGGACAUGCCUUAUGAUCUGCCAACCAUUCCACAAGUGUCAUUACUUCUUUUUAUUUAAAAAUUUGAUUUUGAAUGUGAGCUUUGCAAAGGAGUUCAGUAGUUUUAGUUAUAAACUAUAAUUUUUAAAAAAAAUUUUGAUGAUUACAAAAAACCCAUAGUUUUUUUAUAGAAAUGUCAGUUUUUAGUUUUUUUAACGACAGCUUUUAUUUGUAUGCAAAGUACCACUAUCAGCUUCUGUACGCAACUUAAAGUGGAUGCAAUUUUGUAAUAUUGUAUAUUCAUUUGAAGGGAAGGGUGAGGCAGGAUGUUUUCACAAAAUUUGACAAAAUUAUCUAAUAUUAAUAUAUUUCAAAAUUACAUAGGAGCAAUCCAUACCAUGAAUGUGUAGCCUACUGCAAGAAUCGUUAUGGAAUGCGUGAAUGGGACCCAGACAUAGAUAUGUUAAAACGAAAGGACAGAAUGUUAAGAAAGUAUCCCCUUCCUGAGGGUUGGGUGCAGGUUGGAGACUAUGACACGUGAGUGUAUAUUUAUGGCUAACACAUGUAUAUAUAUUUAUACAUUUUCAGUUUAAUAUUUUCUAGUAUUUUGUAGUUCAACAAAAGAGUUGGAACAUCUUAAAAGCUAGAAUAAAACAAUAAAUAUAAAUGAUGAGACUCAACUAACGCAAAAGUCAACACAAAUUUUGUGUAUGUUGAACUUGUUUCAUUUGAAAAAUGUGAGAGUUCAUAAAUUACUUGUAACUAUAAGUUUAAAAUUUGUUUCAGUGGCCGAUACUAUUAUUGGAAUAUUAACACAGAUGAAGUAACUUGGUUAUCGCCUUUGCAUCCAAACGCUAUUAUCUCAAGAUCAGCUGAAAAUUUAGGUUGGUAAUUUUUCUUUAUUAGAAUGUUUACACUUUGGUUAUGAUAGUACUAAAUUUAUUGGCAGGGUUGUCGCCAUAGGCGAUAUUUACUCUCAUUUGAUUUAACAAUAGUGUUUUAUGAUUUUAUACAUAGUGUGGCGAAUUUUAAUUAAUUUAAUUAAUUUUAAAAACUGUGGCUGUUUUGGAAAAUGGUUUUCCACCUUAAUUGAGUGUAAUUAUGAUUUUAUUUCUUUCAGGUCUUGUUGGCAAAAUAGGUAAUUUAGAUAGUCCAUGGGAAGAAAGUGUCGAUGCUGCAACUCUUGCAGCUUUCAACAGUGAGGUAAGAGAGUGUUUCUCAAAGUGAAAACUUUGUUGGGAUUUAAUUUUAUGCAUACAAAAAUACAUUUAUCAUGUCUGUUGUAAUCUUGUAUAAGUACUACUUCAACAACUAUUACCUUGCUGAUAAGAUUUUCAGCAAUUCUAAUGUCAUAUUCAGUUCAAUGGUGACAGAUCUCAUAUUUCUUGCAAAUAGCUGUAAUUGAUUACUUAGUUUUAAAAUAAAUAUCAAUGUCAACAUUCAGAAUAAAUAUACGUCAGAUUUAACAUUGAAAAAAUGCCUUGAUGUUAAAGAUAUAUUUUCUCUUUAGGCUUCUCUUUAAAAAAAAAAGCUUUUAAAAUACAUUUUUAAAAAGUUGUAACUGUAGUAUUGACUGAAACUGUGAACAGUAAGUUAUAUAAAAUAGAAAAAAGUUUAUGGAUUUAUAGAUGCAUAUCUUCUUGUUUUUUGUGUGUUUUUUUUGGUUUGUUACAAAAUUGUAUCAUGAAUAAUUUCAGAGCGGCAGUGAUACUUCUUUAUCUGAUGAAGAAGAGAUUGUAGAAAAGCAAAGAAAACCUUUCAAGCGAGGAAGACAAGGUAAAAUAACUUUAGAUGCAAUUUAAUACUAGGUCAUUAACCUAUUAAAUUAUGUUUGUUUCAAAAUUAAAAAAUAAUGCUCUAUUUCUGAUCAAUUUUUGUUUAUUUACCAUAUCUUUUUAAAAUUUAUUAAUCUAAAGCUAAAUGAUCCUUUCUCGAUCAUUUUAAUUCCUUGAACAAAAAUUAAUAAAUUUUCCAGGAAAAAAAUAAAAAAUUGAAAUUUAAUUUUAAAUAAAAUACGGUAACUCAAAAUGUGUGUGAAUUACCGGUAUUAAGAAAUUAUUAAGUAGCACAUUUAUUUUCAUAUUUUUAGAUAUCAACCCUUCUAAAGAAUUAACUAUUUUAACGUCUGUAUGAAUGAUACAUAACCUCAUACAGCUUUAAAUAAUUUGUAAUAAAAAAUGAAUAUAAAUAUAUAUAUAUAUAUAUGUAUAUAUAUAUAUAUAUAUGUAUGUAUAUAUAUAUAUAUAUAUAUAUAUAUAUAUAUAUAUAUAUAUAUAUAUAUAUAUAUAUAUAUAUAUAUAUAUAUAUAUAUAUAUAUAUAUAUAUAUAUAUAUAUAUAUAUAUAUAUAUAUAUAUAUAUAUAUAUAUAUAUAUAUAUAUAUAUAUAUGAAUCCAGUUUUGGGAUAAAUUAGGCUACAUAAAACAAAAAUAGUUUUCCUGGUUUUCUUAACAGGCCAGACGAAAAAAGAUGACUUGGAUCCCAUGGAUCCUGCUGCAUACUCAGAUAUUCCACGGUGAGGAGAAUGACAUGUUUAAGAGUUGCUAAAAUAAAAGAGCUAUUUUAUUUAUAGAAAAUUUUUUUCCUGGACAUGUUCAAUCGCAAACUAUCAAGUAUUAAGGGAGACAAGAAAACUUUUAUGAAAACAAUAAAUACAUUUGGAUGCACUAUUGUUAUUCAUAUUCCAUAGUCUCUUACAGCGUUUAAAAAGUAUUCCUUAAAAUGAAUUGUAUUUGAUAUUUCAAUUUCCCAGAGGUGGUUGGAGUGAAGGAUUAGACCAGCGAGGAAAGGCCAAAACAGGGGUUGACAGUACAGCAUCUGGCCCUUUGUUCCAGCAGAGACCAUAUCCUAGUCCAGGAGAGAUCCUGAGAGCCAAUCAAGGGUUAAAGAAGAAGAAAUAAAAGCAUUUUUCUAUUGUCCUGAAUUGAUUUCAUUAAUUAUUUUGUGGUUAUUUUUAACUCAUUAAAAUAUAUUUCAUACUCUGAUGGCCUUCUAUUGGUUUUCACAAUAAUUUAUUGUCUUUAACUAUUAUUAACCCUGUAACUGUCGUUAUGGCCGAUCAUCUGCCAUUAUACCCGUCUGUGGCGUCACAGCUGGUAUAAUC